UUUGAAUUUGAUCUAUAGUUUUCUCUCUCCUUCAGUUUUGCUACUCGGUAAACGCUGUGAGGAUUUCACUCCGGUGUGAUACUAAAUUUUAUUUAUGAACUUGUUUAUUUGUGUUUGUUUUAAAGUCUACACUGUGAAAUGGAGGACAGCAGCGCUGUGUUCAAAGUUCUGCUAUUUCUCACGUUUUCUCUUCAUCUUGCAUCAGCAGACACACACUCUCUGCAGUACCUCCACACUCUCAUCACACCAGGAAUAAAUUUUACUGCUGUUGGUCUGCUGGAUGGAGAGCAGUGUGUGUCUUAUGACUGUAAGACCAAAGAGAUGAUCCCAAAGAUACAGUGGAUACAGAAGAUCAGUGCGGAUGAACCACAUUACUGGAACAUACAGACACUGCUUGUGAAGAAUCAUCAGGAGCACCUCCACAACAUUGUGGAUACAGUAAUGAGGAACUUAAAUCAAAAUGAAGGAGUCCACACACUCCAGAGGAUGUACAGCUGUGAGCUCCAUGAUGACAGCACUACUAGAGGAUAUGAUCAGUACGGUUAUGAUGGAGAAGAUUUCAUCAGUCUGGAUCUGAACACUGGAACCUGGACUGCAGAUAAUGAUAAAGCUGUGAUCUUUAUAAAGCAGUGGGAUCCUACAGGAGAUCAAGCUCAAUACUGGAAGGACUAUUUGAAGAUCAGCUGUAUUGAUCAGUUAAAGAAGUUUGUGUCUUAUGGCAGAGAGACUCUAAAGAAGAAAGAUCCUCCUACAGCAUCAGUGUUCCAGAAACACUCGCCUUCUCCAGAGGUGGUGUGUCACGCUACAGGUUUCUUCCCCAAAGCAGUGAAUAUCACCUGGAGGAAGGACGGAGAGGACGUGAACGAGGACGUGGAGCUCAGAGAGACGUUACCCAACCAGGAUGGAAGCUUCCAGAAGAGAAGCAUUCUGAAAGUCCCAGCUGAGGAUCUGCAGAAACACACCUACACCUGCGUGAUUCAGCACAGCAGCUUGAAGGAGGAGUUAGUGCUGAAUGUGAACAAGCAGCAAAUCACAAAAGAUGGAGGAUCAGGUGGAUGGAAGACUGGCGUUGUUGUUCCUGUAGUCGUAGUUGCUGUUCUUGUUGCUGGAGUAUUCUUCUGGCAAAAGAAAAAGGGGUCUGGUGCGCAAAGUCCCCAAGUCCAUCAGAAUGGAGCUGAGCUACAUCCCUUAAAUACUCCACACAGUGACGUUCCAGUCUAAACCAGUAAGUGAGCCUCCACACUGAAGAGUGAUUUCCUGCCCAGCUUUUCCUCUACUGAAGCUUCCAUCCAGGGUGUGAAGAGUGAAUACAGACGUCUUUCAUGUGGGUUUAGCUCAGACUCCAGGGUACUGCACAUUUUCAGUCUUUAUCAGAACUUAUGGAGUUAAUCAGUAGGUGAUUUAUUACUGUGGAUAAAAGCAGAAACGUCUACAAAAAACAAUUUCUAGCUUCACCUCUACAGAGAAAGAACAGAAGUGUAAGAGCAGCAGCUGAGACACUACUUACCUAAAAAUUAGGUAUAAAACGAUCAUCUCAGGUUUUAUAGGUAUGCAUUUGCUGACAUGUGUGUUCAAGUGACAAAUAACAUUAAGUACAUAAGUCUAAUUAAAAUAUAAAGAAGCACUAUAUAACACUUUAUAAAACUAUUAAGUAUGAGAAAAAGAAGAAACAAGCCACCACACUUUUUGUGUGUGUGUGUUCAAGUGACAAAUAAUAUUAAGUACAUAAAAGCCUAAUAAAAGAUAAAGAAGCACUAUAUAACACGUAUGAGUAUGGUAUAAGUAUGAGAAGAGGGACAAACAAACACAAACCCAGCUCUAACACUGCAGUAGCUGAUUGAGUUGUAGCAGCACCUCACUGUCAUGUCAGUGUCACUGCUGUACUGAGAAUCUCACAGCACACAAACUUCUGGACUUUCCCUUAGAUUUUUGUUUUAGACUCCAGUGGGGUUACAUUACUAUUAUUAUUGUGUCUUCCUGCUGAACUGAGAGAGUAAGACAUGAUGAUGUUUACAGUGUCAUAUGGAAUAAAAAUCUGUGUGUGGACUGAAAAUCCAGCAGAAAAACGUGAGCUCACAUUAAAUCUCAGCUCAGAGCUGAUCCUGUUUCUUCCUUCCACCCGGAGAUGGAGACGAGGAACACAAACACAAUUUGUAAAUGUGUUUAUGAAUUUUGUUUGUACAUUUUUUUUUGUACAGUUUUGUAAAACAUUUUUUGCUCUGUGUAAAUAAUGUGUAUAGUUUUCUAUGUGAUUGUGUUUGUAUGAGGCGCUGUUCUGUUCUGCUCCACUGAGCUCAGUGCUGUAGUAUGUGGUACUGUAUAUUUAUUAAUCUGUAAAUAAAUUCAUUAAAAAA